UCUCUCUCUCCGCGCUCUCGCCGACCGCAUCCCGCACCACUCGCUUAUCCGUGGGCCGGCGGCCGUACACCGCGAGCUCCUCCCGCCGCCGCCGCCGCCAUGGUCGACAUCAACCCCGCCGCCUUGAGCCGGCCGUCCAUCAACCUUUCGACACCGGUCCUCUCGAAACAGUCCAUCAACGUAUCGGUACCGUCAAUACACAAGGCGCCCAAAACUAGCCAGCUGAUCCCGGCCCGCAUCGAUCUCGAACCCAUCUACACGGCGCUCAAGGCCAGCAUCGGCGCGGAACAAUGGCCCACCUACAAAGAAACCAUAACCAACUUCCUGAUCGGGCGCCUGAACCAGGCCGAGUUUAGCGAGCGCAUCGAGCCCAUCCUCGCCUCGCCCGACGGCACCCGAGAACACCUCCACAACCAGCUCAUUGCCGCCAUCUACGGCAAUGUAACGCGCGAGAUGCCGGACCAGGGCCUCGCGCCCUGGGUCAGCGCAAACGACAAGCCGUCGACGACCGCGGGGAGCAAGCCCGUCUCGGGCGAUGCCGCGGAGCGGAGAUUGAAAGGGGAGGUCAUGCAGCUUCCGCCCCGCGACCGGAGGCGCAUCAAGGAUCUUGCACACAACGAUUUUGACCCGUACGAGUCGCUGGCCAACGUGUUCACCGAGCAUGCCCGGCUGCGCCACUCCAAGACGGCCGAUGUGCCGGCCAGUGCGGGCGGCGGACUAAGUCGGAUGAACUUUGACCUAGAGAUUAGGAAACGCUAUGCGCAGCCGUUGGCCGUCGAGUCGGGCGAGUUCCCGGACGUCAGCAACAUCGAGGCGCGGAUGCUUCCCUUCUGCUACGAGGCAGGCCUCGCGUCCGGGCACGCGCCAGACGCGGCGCAAUUCAUGUCGAUCGCCACCGAGACGUUCAUCAAGGAGGUCAUGUCGGCCAUAUUCAGCCGCACGCGGAGCAACCCGCCGGGCGACUCGGGCAACGCCGGGUUCGGCCCCAGCAACAACUGGAUUCUGACGCACAAGUACCGGAAGCAGCUGGCCAAGGAAGAGGAGGCGUUCCAGCGGGGCGAGAUCACGCGCGACAAGACGGGGCUGCUGCCCGUCGAAGCCAAGGCCGCGAGCGAGCGCGGCCCGCUGGGCAUCGCCGACCUCCGGCUCGCGCUCGAGAUGGGCGACUGCGGCCUGGCCAACUUCCCCAUCAUCAGCACGUCGGUCAUAUAUGGCUACCGAGAGGGCGAGCUGGAGAAUUGGGACGACUACACAUAUGUGGACGGCCGCGAGAGGGUCGCGGACCGGGACGGAGACGUCGAGAUGAGCGGCAUGAAAGGGGACGGGACCGGGAAGGACCCGGAGCCGCUUACCAACGGGACCGCCCAUGACGACCAGAUGGACAUUGACGAUGACUUGUGGUGGGAGGGCGCUGGCCGGGAGGCGAAAAUGCUUGAUGCGGUUCUGGACUCCUGCCUGGCCGUUGGCUAAGGCCGCGCAGAAGCUCAGCUUGUGCUAUUUUACGAGCGAGGGGUCUUGUUUCUUUCUUUCUCUCUCUCUCUUGCUUUUUGCCCGGAGUUUUCGGGGGCGGUCUGGAAGUUGGCGUUACGAAAGGGAGUGACAACGGUUGCUUGCACACACACACACGCACACGCACGCACACUGGAUUGGCACUGACGAGAGUCUCUUUGGUUGCUACGUCCAUUGUACAACUUUCUUGGGUGAGAUUCAAAAAGGGCGGCAGGCACAUUUUGGGCGUCGAGUUGGGGGACAUACUAUACCUGGGGGGUGGGGACUGCCGUUGAGAUUGGAGGGCUUUUUAUAUCUCCCUUUUUUUUUCCUUUUGUCGUUUUUGUACUUUUAACAUUACGAACGAUACCCAUAAAAAGCCCUCGAAGGGAGUUGAGAUGGCAAUGCGCGGUUGACAGCCUCGGUCGUAUAUACUUAGGUAGUGUGUACCUCGUUUAGCAUGCGGAGCAAGCAAGUAAAAAAAGAUGGUUGUGGACGUG